UUAUAUUUGUGUCAUAUUUUGCAUGAACCGUAAUAAUUCACAGUUUGCCGUUUUGUAUAAUUUAAUGUUUAAAUGAAUUGAAAACUAAACAUGUUUCAUUCAGAGUGUGAUCAGCUAUUAGCGUUAGAAUUUCGUACAUAUUCAGGAAAUGAGUUUAACAUGGAAGUUUCAGGACGAAGAAAACCAGCAAAAGAGAAUUACUUCUUUUGUAAGCAUUGUGAAGAUCGUAAAGCAUUUAACCGAUCGUCCGGAUUAUGUUUGGAGUGUGAAGAAUACAUGUGUAUAAAGUGUUUUGAUACACAUAAGGAAUGGAAACUAAAUAAAGGUCAUACACUUACCGACGGAAAAGACGGAACAGCUAAACAAGAACUGUCAAAAGAGUUAGUUAAGUGUAACGCGCAUCCAAACGGGUUUGUUAAAUAUUACUGCACACGACAUCAUCGAAUUGGCUGUAACAAGUGUAUGGUUCUAGAACAUACAAGUUGCAAGAUAGAACUUAUAAAUGAUAAAGUACAAAACUUUAAAGAAAGUCCGAGUUUUGAAGAGUUUGUUGAAGGAAUAAAGAAAUGCCGUAUGCAAUCAACAGAGACUGUAUCCUCUAUAGAAAGUAAGAAACUUCAACUUACAGAAGCCAAUGAUGAAUUCAUCCGGGAUGUGCAGGAAUUUAGAGUAGAAAUUAUUUCAAAGGUUAACGAAUUGGCAAACGCAAUGUUACAACAAGGGAAAGAUGCUAUACAUGAAGACAUCAAGUAUAUGGAUGAAUUAAAACAGGAAAGUGAAAGGGUCAUGCUUGAAACUACUGCCUUGGAUGAAGUUCUUGAGUCACAGAUUGGCCAGCCGUAUAAACUAUUUGUUAGUUCAAUACUUGAGGGACCGAAACUCACUCGAGUUCGAGAACAAAUUAGGAAUCUCGACAGCAAGACCAGGAUCACAAACUACAAGUUCAAACGAAAUGGCAAUCUCGAACGUGUUGUAAAAGAUAGUAAACAACUUGGACAGAUACAAGAAAUCAAAGAGAAAACAGAAAAGGAUUCAGAAGGAACAGCCAGACCAAAGAGCUAUACCAAGACUGCUCGUGCCAUUGCAGCAUCGAAAACUCAGCCUUUGUUGGAUAGACAACUGGUUUGUAGAAAUAUUGCCGUGGAUGGAGAAUAUCUCAGCUACGCACCUCGUAUGCCUGGCAAAACAGGACUUUAUGUACUUGACUUUGUAACUGGCUUUAAAGUGGAAAUCAUCAACAGGGGACGACAUGGAACAAUUGCCCAUUUGCUUUCUGAAAGCGGACGCAGUUGUCCAGUGGUGACACCGUCUGACUACGAAACCAAGGGUCGUGAGUUCAAGCCCCCGCUUCUCCAAAUAAAAAGUCCUAACAUUGGAAUAAGCGUCCUGCGUAUGGGUGCUUUACACCUGUAA